GUCCCAGGCAGUCUGUUUUCUACCUUCAAUAGUCGGAGACUUGAGGUGGAAGAUAAACAACUGCAUCGCCAGUGGCCGGAUUCUGAGCUCACAUCAGCUAUCAAAUAAGCCAAGAGCAUCUGAUCCCAUCCGAUCAUCAGGAGGCCACUCAAAACAAUGGUGAAAACUGUGGCGGUUGUUGGGGCUGGAGCCAGUGGUUUGGCUGCCAUUAAAUGCUGUCUAGAUGAAGGGCUGGAACCUGUUUGCUUUGAAAGGAGUGGAGAUAUAGGAGGACUCUGGCAGUACAAGGACAACCCUGAGGAUGGACGAGCCAGUAUCUACAAGUCUGUUAUCAUAAACACAUCCAAGGAAAUGAUGUGCUUCAGUGAUUUCCCCAUCCCAGACCACUUUCCAAACUACAUGCACAACUCCAAAAUCAUGGACUAUUUCCGCAUGUAUGCCCAGAACUUCAGCCUGAUGAAAUAUAUACAAUUUAAGACUACGGUUUGCAGUAUCAAGAAAAGCCUGGAUUUCGCCACUAGUGGCCAGUGGAUUGUAACCACAGAAAAGGAGGGAAAGCAAGAUACAAGUGUCUUUGAUUCCAUCCUUAUUUGCAGUGGCCAUCAUAUGUUUCCCAAUUUACCAUUGGCUUCCUUUCCAGGAAUAGAAACAUUUAAGGGCCUUUACAUGCACAGUCGAGACUACAAGAGCCCUGAAGGCUUUCAGAACAAAAGAGUCUUAGUGAUUGGAAUUGGAAAUUCUGGUGGGGACAUUGCUGUGGAACUAAGCAGGAUAGCAAAGCAGGUGUUCCUAAGCACUAGACGAGGAGCGUGGAUUGUGAACCGUGUCUCUGCAAAUGGUUACCCACUGGAUACUUUAAAAACUCGUCGCUAUGUGUACCUGCUCAACAAAGUCCUGCCUUCCAGCCUGAUCAACUAUAUUGCAGAAAAUAAAGUUAACCAAAGAUUUGAUCAUGACAACUACGGGCUCUUACCCACACACAGAUUUAACGGGCAACACCCGACCGUCAAUGAUGAUCUCCCUAAUCGCAUCAUCUCGGGGCAGGUUAAAAUAAAAUGCAAUGUGAAGGAGUUUAAGGAGAACGAUGUUGUGUUUGAAGAUGGUACAGAGGAGAAGGACAUUGACAUGGUUAUCUUUGCCACUGGAUACAGCUUUUCCUUCCCCUUCUGUGAUGAGUCUGUUCUUGUAGUGACAGAGAACAAAGUCUCUUUGUACAAAUAUAUUUUCCCUCCUCAUUUGGAGCAGAAUACCCUUGCAGUGAUUGGUCUGGUUCAGCCCAUCGGUGCUAUCAUGCCUAUAUCUGAGCUCCAGGCUCGCUUAGCAACAAGAGUCUUCAAAGGUUUAGUAAGGCUGCCCGCGGCACAGAGCAUGGUCCAUGAUGUGGCACAGAAGAGGCAGAAAAUGGAAAGUCGUUAUGUGAGGAGCCAGCGGCACACUAUACAAGUGGACUAUGUGGAAUAUAUGGAUGAAGUUGCCAGUCUGCUUGGUGCCAAGCCCAGACUGUUUCUGCUCUUCAUGACUGAUCCGAAGUUUGCUCUGAAAGUAUUCUUCGGCCCAUGUACCCCCUAUCAGUACCGCCUUAUGGGCCCAGGAAAGUGGAGUGGAGCCAGAGCCGCCAUCAUGACCCAGUAUGAUCGUAUCAUCAAACCCACCAAGACUCGCUCCCUUGAUAAUCCUUCAAGAGAUAAAUCCUUUCUGAACGUCAUCCAAGUCUGCACCAUUCUGAUUCUUCUGGCUGCUCUUCUAUAUCAAAUAAUAUGUUAAACAUUUAGCAGUAAAUGAAUGGGGAAUUAAGGUGACGGCACUUGAUCCAGUCUACAGGCAACAUGACAAUGUACCAUCCCUGAAAUCUCCAAGUCUUUUUCUCUCUGAUGCCUUUGUACCAAAGAACUUCAUCAAAACUCUAUGGGGCAUAUUUAUUAAGCUGCAUAAAAUGAAGUGUAAAAGCUGUGUAAAAUGAAUGGCGAAUUUAUCAGGUGCGAGUAAUUUGACGCCAUGCGAAUGCCAGAUUUGCUGCCUUUUUUAUACAUUUCUUCCAGCGGAAGUCAUUCUAUGGGGCAUAUUUAUUAUGUGGGUUAAAAAACAGUGGAAUAAUUCACCACACAUCGCCAGGCAUCACCUUGUAACAAAAUGACGUAAAAAUAGCGUAAUUUUAUAACACUCUUUUUCUUUAAGCAACUGCCGCUGGAAGCAGUGUAAUUGACGGCAGCAAAUCUGGCGUAAAAUAAAACACACCUUGAUAAAUUCGCCAUUUAUUUUACACAGCUUUUUACACCGGCAAAUUUCGUUUUACACAGCAUAAUAAAUAGGACCCUAAAAAAUAUACGUCUUUUUUUUUUUUUACACGGUGAAGCCUGGAGAUGUGUGGUGUAUUACCCCCUGUUUUUUACACAGCAUAACAUGCCCCUAUGACUACUGUUAGCACUCAGAGUAAAAUAAUGAUUUGUGGAUACACAGUAAAAUGCAUAUAUGAAUUUCUGGUCCACAUUUUGUUCUGAGUUCCUGAGUAUCUUUGAGAGGCAUAUUUAUUAUACGGUGUAAGAAAUAGCGGGAUAAUACACCACACAUCAACAGGCUUCGCCAUGUAAAAAACAGCACAAAAUACUGCGUAACAUUUUUGCUGUUUUUUUCUAUGUGACUUCCGCUGAAAGCAAUGUAAAAUAACUUUGGCAAAUCUGACAUUUGCAUGGCAUAUGAUUACACAGAUUUUUUCCAAGCUUUUCCGGUGAAUUUAGUUUUACACAGCAUAAUAAAUAUGCCCCUGAGUGUCCUGAGUGUCUUAUUACCUUUAAAAUUGGCAUCUGGGUUAGUAAAUGGGCACAUGUACAAUACUUGUAAUAAUGGUGAAAUUGGGCACUGAAUAAUGAGGAAUAUCCUAUUUACUAAUUUUUCCAAAGGGUGUUGUUACUCUAUAGUUUACUUGUACUAAUCCUGUCGCUGCAAUCCAGAAAAUACUUUUAAGAUUAAUAUCAGAUUGAAGGAAUUUCUAAUGGGAAUUUUAUCUUGAAAUUUUGUUUUAUGCAAAUACCUUUCUGACAUAUGUUCAAUAAAGCAGACUUUAACCCUGUG